ACAUAUUAUGCCUUUAAAUCGAAAAAGAGAAAUUUAAAUUGGCAAAAUAAAUUAAUUCACAUAGCAUCGCUAAGAUUUUUCAAUAUCGUUAAGCCAAAACCACACAUAUAUAUAUAUAUAUAUAUAUAUCUCGAUUGAAUUCAUUCAUCUGUAUAGGCAAAAGAAAUCUAGCCCAUACGAACUAGAAUUGGUGACAGUGAAAGCUUGCUGUUAAAUUUUGACAGUUGACAGCUGUAUUUGAUUUAAAGUUUAUUUUUGUUUGUUUACAACUUCCAAGCUUAUCGACAGAACAAAGUUUAUAAAUAACUGCUGGUCAAAUGUCAAAUCAGAUUAGACGUUCCUUUUCUUCACCGACUGCGAUAGUGUUCUCCUUAAACCAGUUACACCAGUGUACAAUUUAACACAUAAAUUACAAAAACGAAACAAAAUGAGGUUGUGGUUAAUUCCAUUGUUAUUAAUAAAAUUAAUAAGCGCAACGCCUACACCCAUCGUCUUGUGGCACGGCAUGGGUGACACAUGCUGCAUGUCCUUUAGUCUUGGUUCCUUCAAAAUAUUCCUAGAGAAGAACAUACCUGGUGUUUAUGUUCUGUCUCUCCAAAUUGGCAAUAAUACUGUUGAAGAUUUUGAAAAUGGAUAUUUCAUGAACCCGAAUCUCCAAGUUGAAUAUGUAUGUGAGAAGUUAGCGGCCGAUCCAAAACUAUCAAACGGAUUCAAUGUCAUGGGUUUCUCACAGGGAUGUCAGUUUAUUCGAGCUGUAGUACAAAGAUGUGGUCAUAAACUACCACAAAUUAAAAACAUGGUGUCUCUCGGAGGUCAGCACCAAGGCAUCUAUGGCAUACCUCAUUGUGGUGCCUUGAGACACGAAACAUGUGAUGAUGUGAGGAAGCUACUCAAUUACGCUGCAUAUAACAGCUGGGUACAAAAUUCACUGGUUCAAGCGACAUAUUGGCACGAUCCUUUAGACGAGCGGACAUAUGAGGCAAACAGCGUAUUUCUAGCGGACAUCAACAACGUGAGGACCGUCAACAAGACGUAUAUACAGAACUUGAAUAAUCUAGAAAGAUUCGUGCUGGUGAUGUUCGAUAAUGAUAGCAUAGUGCAGCCGAAGGAGACGGAAUGGUUCGGUUUUUACGCUCCGGGACAGGCCGAGAAAUUGGUAUCGUUAAGGGAAUCUAAGAUUUAUUUGCAGAGACGUCAGAUAAAACUGUUAUAAAACCCGUUAAAAAAAAUACAAGAACAACAUCGUAUAAUAAAAUCAUAGAGAUUGCUUAGUUUCUGGAGGCUCAUAGAAUUCUCUAUGGUCUGCUAACAUAGAUCCUAUUUCUGCCGCCAAUCAUUGGUACAAUUAUGGCAAUUAUUCUAAUAUAACUAUAAUUUUUUAAUUUCAAUUACAAAAUGGAUAGAGAUUCAUUCCUCAAUACGAACUUUGUAUAUCAAUAUCAGGUCAGUUUUAAAGACACUAAAAAACCAAAUUCAUAUAAUUCACGUAUGUGUUGGACAUUUAAAUCCGCCCAAAGCUGAAAGGUUAUCAAAAGUGUUCAUUAAGCAUAAUAUUUAUAAUUUAUACAUAAUAUGACUCGACUGUUUGCCGGUGUUUUUAAUAUAUAAAUACCCGUAAUAUAGAGAAUCUUGGUUUGAGGCAUACAUAUCACUCUCUGUAAUAUAAAGAAUCUUGGCUUGGGGUCAGGGAACCGUUUGUGAUUCUUCUAUGAUUAUAUAUAAAUAAUUACUAGAUAUCAAAUACAUAAAUAGUCCUGACAGCUUAGAUGGAGAUUUGUAAUGAAGAUCACGACAGCCAUUAAUAAAAUUCGAUUAAGUCCUUUCUCAUGUUGCAAAGGGAGGAGGCCCAAACGGAAUCUACAAGGGUACGUUUGGGCUCCCAGGAAUAUAUUUGAAACACAAUGGGCCGUGGACUCAAUCAUAUCCAUAAAAUAAUACUCGUUAAAAAAUAGUUGAAUAAAAAAAAUUAGAAAAAACCAAGAUGUUUUUUUAAAAGAAAAUACAAUUCAUUAUAUGUCACGACAGGAUCGACUCGGCCUCAAGAAAAUGGAUAAAGCGGGAAAAUUAAUUUUCUUAUCAACGCCUGGCGACCAUCUACGUUUCACAGAAGAAUGGAUGAUCAAAAACAUAAUUAAACCUUAUCUUUCUAGUUAAUUUUUUAUUUAUGCUCUAAGAGUUCAGGGCGAUGACGCGCCCUCAAUUAAAUACUCUGCUUAUCUUGUUAAGAACCUGAUGAAUAAAGAUUUUAUUGGUGUUAAAA